AUGGAGACCCAUCCGGCUUCAGAGCCAGCAGGUCGGAGGAAGGCGCCUGCUCGGCGAUCUCAUAAAAAGUCACGGACUGGAUGUGAACAGUGCAAGGUCCGCCGUGUCAAGUGUGAUGAGACACGCCCAGAGUGCUCCAACUGCACCUAUCGGGAUCUCCACUGCACUUAUGCAAAAAUCGCAAAAGACCCAGCCCCCGACUCUCCAGCCGCUCCUGCAGUGCCUGAUGACUCGCUCCAUCAGGGGUUUCCCGACAAGAAGCAGCCACAGGGGCCUGAGGCUCAUGAUCGUAAUGAGCUACCAGAAAGAUCAAUCGAGGCCACGGAACAGAAGUACAGUAUUCGGGACCUCGAGUUGAUGCACAGGUUCUCAGUCGACACGUACAAGUACCUGUGCGGAGACCAGACCGACAUGCAGGAAUGGCAGACCCAUAUCCCGCAAUAUGCCUACAAAUAUGAGUUCUUAAUGCAUGGUAUUCUUGCGCUAGCCGCAUUGCAUACUACAGCCAUCACCGCCGACCCCGAUAAGGCACUGCCAUACCUCGACUCAGCUCUUCAUUACAACCACCUAUCCUUUGGACCUUUCCGACACGCACUCAGUCAUCUGACCCCACAGAACUGUGACGCUGUCUACGCCUACUCUGCUAUUAUCACCGCCCUCAACAUUGCCCUACCGCUCCUCAAUGCAAGACUCCGCGGCGAGCACCUCACCAUGAUCGAAAACAUGGUGACAGCCUUCGAGCUCGUGCAGGGUGCCGGCAAUAUCUCUCGGAUUAGUGCAUCAUGGCUGCAAGCCAGCAUAUUCUCCAAAUCCAGCGUCUGGGAGAUGCAGAAUGCCGAGCUGGACCCCCAGACCGUCGGUGCCCUCGAGCAACUAGACCGGCUAAACCAUUCCGUCACCACUGCUGACCCCGAGGAGCUGAGCACAAAUCACGAAACAAUUGAAAUUCUACGAUCAUUUUUCUCCAAGUUUGCCCAUUCUCCACACCCGGCCCCUAUUCUUGCCUGGCUUUUCUAUGUGAAGAAGGACUUUGUCGAUCGACUGCGCAUGCGACGGCCUUUUCAAUUGUUGGUGUUAAUGCACUGGGGUGUCUUGCUGCACGAGCUGGGGCACCACUUUUGGUGGGCUGAAGGCUCUGGAAAGGCCCUCGUGGCCGAGCUGCUGUCGGUGCUCGAGGUGGAAGUCCCCGAGUGGGAGCGAGCUUUGGAAUGGCCGCAGUAUAAAGUAGGAUGUUGA